AUGAAUAGCUCAAAAACUUCAACAUCUGUUAUGCUGUGUGGGAAUGCUGUGGGAGAGCUGUUGCCACCAGGUGUUGUCUAUCGAGCUGAGAAUCUGUGGACAACAUGGACUGAAGGUGGUCUAGUAGGAUGCCAUUACAAUCGCACUAAACAUGGAUGGUUUGAUGGUGCAACAUUUGAGGACUGGUCUAGGGUUCUUUUGCUACCAAGACUCAACAAACAGCAAGGCAUGAAAUUAGUGAUUGGUGGCAACUUGUCUACUCACAUUAAUCCAGAAAUCCUACAACAGUGUGAGGAAAAUAACAUUAGAUUUGUGUGUCUCCCUCCUAUCUCCAUCCACCUCACACAGCCUCUGGAUGUAGCAUAUUUUGCUCCAAUGAAGUAA